GCUCAAUUGACAGACGACUACACAAUUUCUCAUCCCCCAUUCUCCCAUCUCCCACUUCACCAUGUCCACAGCCACGGCGCCGCACGCCUCCGCGAACGGGCUCAAGAGCCGCGCCAACGGCGCUAGCAACGGCGCUGCCUCGCCCGCCGAGGGCGUCGAGACCCCGGGCUUUGCGCCCAACGCGCCCCCCUCCGUCCUCCCCUCGUCCCGCGUCACCCUCCAGUCGCUGCUGUACGAAAGCGGGGCGGGCGACGGCGUCUCGGGCUCGGUCGACGACUGGCCUCUGCCCGACGACCUGGACUUUGAGCGCCCCGUCUCCGAGCUCCUGCGGAAGGGCACGCAGCGCGCACACACAAAUGCCGAGAACUCGGACGGCGCAACUGCCCUCACGGCCGGCAAGCUGGAGAUGCGCGAAUACGUCCGCUGGCUCGGCCUCCUGUGGCGCGUGUACGACGCGCUCGAGAGCGGCCUCGACGCACACGCGACGAAUCCCGUCCUCGCGCCAACAUACAACCCCAAGCUGCUCGCGCGCGCGCCCACGCUCGCGGCGGACAUCCGCUUCCUGCUCCAGCGCAUGGGGCACGACGAUGCGCCCCCGCGCCCCGACAUCGUGCCCACGCCGCCCUUCCCGCUGCCCGCGUUCCUCGCCGAGGUCUUCACUACCACCGCCGCCCCGCUCAAAGUCUACCUCGACCGCCUCCGCGAGAUCUCCGCAACGCCCGCCCAGGCGCCCCGCCUCCUGGCCCACGCGUACGUCCGUUACCUUGGCGACUUGAGCGGCGGGCAGAUCAUCGGCGCGCGCCUCCGCAAGGCGUAUAACCUCGACACGCUCGAUGGCCGCCGCUUCUACUUCUUCGACUUGGAUGGGGACGCGUCUGCUGCCGAGACGGGCGACGAGACCGUUGGCGACCGCAAGAAGAAGCUUUUCGCAGUCAAGGGGUGGUACCGCGAUGGCAUGGACGGAGGCGUUGGGGACGCCAAGGCGCUGAAGGCCUCGCUGGUCAAGGAAGCGAACCUGGCCUUCAUCCUGAACACGCACCUCUUCUCGCUCAUCACGCCGCCCCCGAAGCCCGAGCCGCGGUACUACGACAAGCUGGCCGCGCGCGCGGCCGCGGAGGCGCCCAAGCCCAAAUCCCUCGCCGAGCACCUCAUCACGCUCGCGUACGUCAUCGCGUCCGUGCUGCUGGGCAUGGCGCUCUUCCACGUCGCGUGGCCCACCGCGCGCCCGCACGUCCUCCGCGUCUCCGCGCCCCUGUGGGAGCAGUACGGCGCGCCGUGGUUCCACGGCACAUUCGCGCCGUGGUGGAACGACAGCGUCGUCCCGUGGUGGGACCACCACGCCGCGCCGCUCUUCGCGCGCCAGCUCGCCAACUCGCGCCGCGCGCUUCUCUAACGUCCGGGCUAUAGACAUGAGGGAUAGAUGCACAGCUACAUAUACA